AUGGCUUUGUCCUGCAAAAACAAACUUGCGUUUGUUAACGGAAUGAUCACCAAGCCUGCGAUAGACGAUCGAAAGUAUGAUGUCUGGGAACGUUGCAACAACACAGUGGUAUCGUGGAUUGUUCUAUCGUUAUCACCGACUAAAAUCCUAUGGGAUGAGUUAAUGAUCCUUAGACCUACCAUGUUGUGUGCAAUCCGAAAUGUCAAUGUGGUAAAAAGGAUUGAUGAGAUGAAUGAACAAGCAGAGAAGGACAAACUCUUUGUAUUUCUGAUCGGGUUGCAUGAUAGGUACACUGGAGCAAGAAAUCAGAUCAUGCUCAUGAGACCUUUACCUGAUGUGUGUGAGGCUUAUUCGAUGAUAUCACAACAAGAAAGGCAAUUCCAGAUGAGCACUACUGGUUUUGGAAGCCAACUUCAUCAAGCAGGAGAAAAUGGAAACAGUGGUAGUGUGUUUCUAGCCAAUACUCACACUGGAAAUCAUCAGAACUAUAAGAGGUUUCCUUCAGGCAACAAGAACUAUAAGACAUACACAAGAUAA